ACUUUUUUUCUAUUUUUCCAGAUGCAGUUGUGACGUCUUAGAGGCAGCAGAAGGAGCCAGGAUGAGACGUAGAGAUAUAUAAGAUAAAACAACGGUAAUCAGGAUUUAUUGAACCCUGAGUGUCUCUCUUCAGACCUCCUGUGGGCAUGAAUGCGAAAACUUGCAAUUCACAUCUAUGACAGCCAAGGACAAUGUACUAUAAUAGAACUCAAUAUUCAUGAUGCUACCAGGAUGAAAAUUCUAGUCACUCAAUGCUACAAAAAAAGAUAUGAAUCAAUACGUGGAAUAAAAAAAAGAUGAACGAAAGAAAGUUUGCCUCAAGGAAGUUUUGAUCCAAGUUUUCAUGAAGGGAGAUGAAGAAGCUGUGGCGUGCGAGUCCACCUGCCGACGAAGUCCUCAACAACUUAGUACAUCAUCACCGACCCCAAUCUCAGCAGUUGGAUCCGAACCCUUGAGAAAGAGCGGAUCGUAAACGCCGAAAGAAAGAUGAUUCAGAAAUACCUGAAGCGAAUCCUGAGAGUCUUAGAGAAUAGUAUGACUCUCCCAUCUUAAGAAGGCUGUAAAGAAGGCACAGAGUCGUUGGAAGUAUUGUUGCUGGACACUUAAGAUUCUAAAGUGCCUGACGGAUGGGCUAUUUCCGAGUUCUUAAACGUGGGGUGAAGUAUACGUCUAUACACAUUACUCGGUUUAUGCAAAUUAGAUGCAGAUGAGCCAAUGGUAGACAGCUGUUGUAGUUACAAUCCACACACACACACACACACACACACACACACACACACACACACACACACACACACACACACACACACACACACACCUGCAUGAACAGCUUCUGACAUUACUUUGAUCAAGAUGUUAGACCAAAGAUGACAAAAGUUAAAUAGUAGACUGAUUUAACUUCAAAAUCUAUCAAAGUUGGCAUUUUCUUAGAGCUACAAUAAACCUGGUAUCUGGUGGAGGUACCCCAAGACCUAGUACCAAGAGGAAGUACCCACAAGACCUAGUACCAAGAGGAGGUACCCCACAAGACUUAGUACCAAGAAGGUACCCACAAGACCUAGUACCAAGAGGAAGUACCCACAAGACCUAGUACCAAGAGGUGGUACCCCACAAGACCUAGUACCAAGAGGUGGUACCCACAAGACCUAGUACCAAGAGGAAGUACCCACAAGACCUAGUACCAAGAGGAGGUACCCACAAGACCUAGUACCAAGAGGAGAUACCCACAAGACCUAGUACCAAGAGGAGAUACCCACAAGACCUAGUACCAAGAGGAGUUACCCCACAAGACCUAGUACCAAGAAGAGGUACCCACAAGACCUAAUACUAAACUGAAGUAACCAAAACCUAGAAUCAGCACGCCAUACAAUCUGACGUGGUAAGAUUAUCUUGUCAGUGAUGCUGACGACAGCAUGAAGAUGCAUCCCGCCAGCAUGGAUCUUCCGCUAUGGGUGCUGCUGCUCCUCCUAUGCUACCUCGCCUCCAGCCCCGUCUCCUGUCUCAACAUCGGCCAGUGUGAUGCCGCGCUGGGGAUGCAGUCGGGCGCCAUCCCCGACGACCACAUCUCCGCCUCCUCCUACUUUGACGCCGCCGUCAACGCCAUCUAUGGCAGAGCUCACGUGGAGGCUGCUGGAGGAGCUUGGUGCCCCCGGCAGAUCAUCUACAAGGAGGACACGGAGUACCUGGAGGUGUUCCUGGGCGAGGAGCACGUGGUCACCAAGGUGGAGGUGCAGGGCAGGUUCGGCAACGGUCAGGGCAAGGAGUACGCUGAGAGGUACAGGUUAAUGUACUGGCGGCCCGGGCACGACCACUGGACCACUUACGUCAGUGGGCACGGCGAGGAGCUACUGGAAGGGAACACGAACACGUACCUGGCCCAGACCUCACAGUUGAGUCCACCCAUUAUAGCGGCCAGGGUGAGGUUUGUGCCCUACAGCGACCACCCCCGUACAGUGUGCAUGAGGGUGGAGGUCUACGGCUGCCGCUACACUGAUGGACUGGUGUCGUACACGAUGCCUGAGGGUGACCCCCGAGGGGGGGACUACAACCUCCGUGACCUGACCUACGACGGGUCACGUAAGGGCGGCUGGCUCUCUGGCGGCCUGGGUCAACUUACCGACGGGGAGACGGGUCACACCAACUUCCGGGUCGAUGCCCUCGGCCGUGGCAGAGGGUACGAGUGGGUGGGAUGGAAGAACGAGUCCAGCCACACCCAGUUGGUCGAAAUCACCUUCGAGUUCGACUCCGUCAGGAACUUCUCAGCUGUUCAUAUCUACGCCAACAACUUCUUCACCAAGGACACCCAGGUGUUCUCGAGGGCGAGGGUGCUGUUCAGCGUGGGCGGGGAACACUACCACGAGCAGUCAGCUGUUGAGUUCGAGUACGUGGUGGACCGGAUCUUCGAGCACGCCCGCAACGUCACCAUCAGACUCCACAAUGCCGCCGCCAAGUUCGUCAAGCUGCAGCUCUUCUUCUCCCUCAGGUGGAUCCUCAUCUCCGAGGUCGCCUUCGACUCAGUGCCCUGUCGCUGUAACCUAACGGAAGAAGGAGAGGAGAAACUAGAUACGGUGGAAACACUGAAAGAGGAAGAACAGAUAUUCGAGUCCCGAACACAUCUUGCUCCUGCCACCCCAGAUGCCUCACAUUCAGGGCUGCUGAUAGGUGGAUUGGUGACUCUGGCUGUAGUGUUCGGAGUGGUGCCUCUGGUGCUGUGUCUCCUCUACUACCGAACAAAGCUUCCGCUCGUUGGUGAGAAGCCUGAGACACCAGGCAACGUCGCAGAGAAUCGCAAGGUCUCCAUGAAGAUGAAAGAUCUACAUAUCAACCUGAACUUAGCCUCGGUAUCCAACGGUUACUCCAGAGCAAACGGGAAGCUGUACGGACAUGUGGCUAUGGACGAUGAGGCCGGCUCCUCCUUGUACCAAGAGCCUUACAAGAUGCAACUCGCAUGCAGUCAGUACAGUCUCAGUAAAUCUGGUGGACUUUCCGACACGAUUAUCAAAAAUCCUUUUCCACCGGAAACUGACGAUUCUGUGGACUAUGCUGUUCCAGACCUUAAUAUGACCCCUCCCCCACCCUUUUCCGAGGCGUACUCACCGCCUCUCCCGGUGCCAUUCAGUCAAACUGUAAAUCCUAUAAUACCCUCAAUCAAAGAUCCAUCAUCCAGUCCACCCCUUCCGCCCAUCCCACCGCCUCCUGAGGAACAUUACCUCACAGCCUCACAACUGUGCAAGGCUUCCAGUAUUCAGGGCGUAACAGGCACCGUUAUUUACACUGAAACGGAGGUAUCGGAUGACAACUACGAGAGACCAGUGCCAGAGUUAGCGCGGCAUCGCCUUCACCCAAAGGAAGUUCUUGGAGGAGGGGCCUUUGGUGUUGUUCAGCUCUGUAGAGUCGAUGACGUUGGACGCAAUGGAUCACGAAUAGUGCUGAUGAAGCAACUGCAUUCCGGAACAAAAGAGGUUUUAAAAAAGGAAUUUCACCAGGAAGCACGAACACUGAGCCACAUUGACGACCCCAAUGUGGCACGUCUGGUGGGCAUGGUCACCAGGACGGAACCCUUGUGCAUGCUAAUGGAGUUCUUAAUCCAUGGGGACCUCUACCACUUCCUCAGAAGGCAUGCGUCAGAGGACACCAUUCUCGGUGGCUCGGGCUCGAAUCGGCCUCUCAUAAGUUAUGGAAGUCUUAUUUACAUAGCCACUCAAGUAGCUUCUGGAAUGAGGCACUUGGAAGCGAUCAAGUUAGUUCAUCGGGACUUGGCGACUCGCAAUUGCUUAGUGGGGAGUGGUCUUAGUAUAAAGAUCUCAGAUUUUGCCAUGAGUCGUCCUAUGUUUUCCAGUGACUAUUACCAUCUGAGUGAAGACCAUGCGAUGCUGCCCAUCAGAUGGAUGGCGUGGGAGUCUAUCCUCCAGGGCCGGUUCUCGACCAAGAGUGACGUGUGGGCGUUCGGAGUGACGCUGUGGGAGAUCCUGACGAUGGCCCGUCAGCAGCCCUACGACGAGCUGAGUGACGACGGCGUGCUGGAGAACAUCUCUCACUGCUACCACGGCGACGGCUCUGGCAUGAUGGUGUUACCGCAGCCUCCGCUCUGCCCCCGCGAGAUGUAUGACAUGAUGACCGCAUGCUGGAGACCCAACGACCGCCAGCGUCCCCCCUUCUGGGAGAUCCACUUGUUCCUCAGGCGUAAAAACCUGGGUUACGCCCUCGACUACAUUGAAUAAUGUGUUCUGGGAUAUUUUAAUGUUUCUCCAGUGAACAUUAAAAAAAUCCGGUUUACUGCCCUGGUUGUUUAGAGCAAGGAUGUCUGUACCUUAUUCUUCGGCACUGUCAAAUGGUAGAUUACACCUCCGAUUGCCUGGAAAUUGCACCCUGAACUAUAAAAUCCAUGGCACAUGGUGUAGUCGUGAUUAACCAGACACUAGCUGUGGUGAAUUAUAACAUGCUCCCAAAAAUUAUCAUGACAAGGAAAAUUAUAAUAAUUUACAUUGCUUUAUACUGCGUGAUACGUUUAUGGCAAAUGUAGUCAGCAUUAUGAGCAUAUACAAAUAUGACGGUUGGUGUUACCAGUUCCCGACAGGCAUGUGAGUGGAGUAACACGGUGCCACAAGCGGCAGUUAUGAGAGGCUGACUUUGACCCAGUGUAACAUGGUGAGGAAUUUGAGUAAUUUCAGAUACAAACUGCAAAUUCAAAGCUCAUAAUAGUGACAAAAUUCAAAACAAUGACUGUCGAAGUUGCAAUAGAGGUACACAUCUGCUACAGAGAUCAUCACAGCUGCCAUAGAGUUUACGCGUCCCAACGGGCCUCUUCAGCAGACACAGUGGUUGACGAAGCAGCUGGGUGCCUCAAAUUUCACUGGCAGUUACAUUGCUAGAGUGCCAAGUGCCAACCCGUGAAGCAAAGACAGGUGCCAGCCAAAAAAAAACAUUUUAAAUCCGGUGGAAAUAUUAAUUUAUGAAAUAUUUCAUGUAUAUUUGCGUUCCUCUGCUAUUUGCCAAAUGUUUCAGUUGACUAGGAAAUUUGCCAAAUAAAAUACAUGUAGCAGUGUCCUAGUUACAAAGUUAUGUGAUCUAACGUGGCUGUAAUAGACAUAAGGGUGAAAAUAAAGGAAAAUGGCAUUAGAUAUGGUUACGUGAAGUGGCAGUAUGAGUAUAAGCAUUGAAACAAACUGAUCUCUGGUAAUAAUAUUAACCUUUUUCCAUUAUAUUCUGACGAAUAUUUAGGAUCUUUUGAAUGUCUUAAAGACAGUACUGAACAGUCUUCCAGGCAUGGUGCUCUGGUUUGAAAAUUAACUUUAUUCAUGUGCUUAUAUCUCCUGUGUUUGUCUCUCGUCUUCUCUGUCUCUGCUACAUCACUGCUUAUCAAAGUGGUACACGAUUAGAAUUGUACUUAUUAGCAAACUGAAUUGUAAUACAUUUUGAAAUGGAAAGGUGAGCAUUAUAUCAUUUUAUCUAUAACUAUAAAUGAAAAUGUCUGCGUCUGUCCAAGGCUUGAGGCUAGCGUCACUCAAUAUUUAAAAUUAAUUGCUAUUGGGUACGUGCUGUGAACAUGCAUGGAUCGGGUUUAGUAUAAAUGAAACGCGUGCCACUUGACAUAGUGUUAAAGUGACGCCCCACAAUGUGUCUUGCAAUAUCAUGUAAUAAUCAUAUUAGAUAGACUGUUUUUUUCUUUUAAUUUUUCUUACUAUAAUGUAAAGCAUUGCACACAGAUGUCGGCAAAAUUAACAAAAAAUUCUAUCAUACUUUGCCUGCGAUAUCCCGUAAUAUGUUUUCAUGAUAUCGUACUUUCCCCAUACCCUUAACCCACCCAUUCACUGCCUCCUAAGGGUCAACUCUCCAUAUACACCUCCCAUGUUGCAAAUGUGUUCACGCUCCCUACAGACUGGUGCAGAGGAGGAGACGCAUACAAAGAGAGACAUACAGAGAGAUAAUGAAAGACAUAAAUACACAGAGAUAAAAGCACACACACACACACAAAAAACACAAACUUAAGACACACACACACACACACCAGGUCAACCCGGGCACUGCCGAGUGCUCCAUCUAGUAUAAUAUAUAACCCAUCUAGUAUAAUAUAUAUUAUGUUAAAAUUAAUAGUUGUUUAAAUUCUAUUUUGAGACUUCACCUGCAAGCCGUAAUUCUCUGUAAUUAUGGCACGCUAUACUAAGACUUGAUGCAUAACCCCCCCCCCACUCACUCAACUAUCUCCCUCCACCCAUCUCUCCCCCCUACAUCUGCGAGUGCUUAUCAGUCAAGAAGCUGGCACCGCACCUCGUGCCUAAGCCAAGGACUUUCAGAGGCACUUGAGCUCUUUACUGAGAACACAGCUGCUCGACUUAGUAAUAUGGCACCCCAUACCCCCCUCUUUUAGCGUUUUCUAAUUUAAUAUAUUUUUUUAUCAACAUUCGGUAAAGACAGUCUUAAAGAAAAUGAGAAUUGUAACUCCGAGAUCCUUUCUUAAUUCCGUCUUGCAUUUUGGUAGUGUCACGCGGAAGUGUUAAUAUAUAUUAAAUGCUUUGCAGAUGCAAUAUUUACAAUAUAAUACAGUACGUAAGAAUUCAUCUAGUCAUUUUUUUUCCUUUACAUACUCAAAAUUGAUCAAUACGCGCGAAUGGGGAAUAUAUAUCUAUCAUUUAUUACUGGUAAACAAUUUUUGUAUUUAAAUAAUCGUGUUGUGUGUAGAUUUGAAUUCGUAUAAACAGUUAAGUUUCAUGGGAUCGAAUUCCUCACAAAAACAUAACAUGGGUUCAAAUCCUUCUAAAAAUAAGAGACAUUGGCCAGGAUAGUUUCCUGAAUGGAUAACGUAUGUUUGAAAUGCUAAUCACGCACUUGAAUGGAUUCGUAUCUACCCUAACCCCCCCUCCCCCCCCCCCCAACAAACAAAAGGCAGUAACAAGGAUUCAGAUUCCAGGUAACCAAAUAACACAUAUGCAAAGAAUUUGAUCUCGCUAAAAAUUAAUCAUUAUAAUCCGCAAUGAAAUCACCACAACUUGAUGUAUCUAUGACUGGGGCAGUGGGGGUCUAAUCAGCUUCGCUGGGCGAUCAAGGACGCGCGGGUUCGAGCCCCUCCCAUCGUCCUGCUCCAAAGAAUUUCGCAUAAAUGUUCGAAUUUUUUUUAGUGCAGAGUAUUUUAAAAAAAUAUAUGUAAGUAUUGCGCCCCAAAAUUCAGGUAUUAAAAUGAACAUUCUAACAUCGACUACUAUGUACCGUGCAUCAGGAACGGUACAUGUACCGUUAACGAUCCAUAUACUAUUACACACAGAUAUGUGUAAUCGAUUAAGGCAGUGUCUGGGAUGCUCCGGGACGCAGGUUCGAAUCCUCAUCACGGCCCUUGUGGAUUUGAUCCAUAUACUGCACCAUGUAGCGUAUACCACUUACAAUAGAGCAUAUAGUGUACCGUAUAGCAUACAAAAUAUACACUAUACCGUAUACACCUCUUCUAGCCUAUGCCAUAUAACAAAAAUAGGUAUUGUAUAAACGCUAAACUGCAUAAAGUAGUUAUAGAUUUUUUUUGUAAAUAACUGCAUACAAUUGUUUUUUUUUUUGUAAAUAAGAGGCAUUUUUUGUAUAUUUUUACGUGUGAAUUUUUUUGUACUGAUGAGUGGUGAAAAUAAACAUUAAUGAACA